AUGGAGCUCCCACCGACGAGCCUACCUGCAAUUUGGUCAUUUCUCCUCUGCACCAUCCUUCUCUCUUCCAUGGACGUAUCAUGGUCGUUGGGAUCUGCCUCUAACGUCUCCUAUGAAACCGAUCGUCUUGCUUUGAUCAACUUCAAACAUCUGAUAACCGACGAUCCUCUCCAAUCUUUGAGCUCGUGGAACCAUACUCUCCACUUCUGCCAGUGGAAGGGGGUCACAUGCGGUCGCCAACUUCCUCAAAGAGUUACCGCUUUGAACGUCAGUGGCCAGAGCUUGGUGGGCCCCAUAUCUCCCUACAUUGCAAACCUCACCUUCCUCAGGAUAAUCGAUCUUGCAGACAACAGCUUCCACGGGAUGAUUCCUGAAGAGAUCAGCCAGUUGUUCCGCUUGCGGCAUCUUAAUCUGUCCAGCAACAAAUUCACCGGAGAAAUACCAGCAAAUCUGACCCACUGUUCAGAACUCGAAAUCCUUGUUCUCAUCCGGAACCAGCUCACUGGGAGGAUUCCAGCUGAGCUUGGAUCUCUAUUGAAGCUCACCUCUUUGCUCCUUUCUCACAACAGUCUUACAGGAAUCAUCCCGCCUCCACUUGGAAACCUUUCAUCUCUCACUGUCCUUGUUCUCUCAAGAAAUAGUCUGGAGGGCAGCAUCCCAGAAGACCUUGGUCGGUUGGUGAGGUUAAGUACUCUUACCAUUGGUUUAAAUGAACUGUCAGAGCUCUAUAAAGCGACAGAUGGCUUCUCUUCUGCAAAUUUGAUUGGCGGUGGAAGCUUCGGUUCUGUAUAUAAAGGAAACCUUGAUCGAGAUGGAAUUAUUAUUGCAGUGAAAGUCCUCAACCUUCAGCAGCAAGGAGCUACAAGGAGCUUUAUGGCCGAAUGUGAAGCCUUGAGAAAUGUUAGGCAUCGGAAUCUUAUUAAAAUCUUAACUUGUUGCUCAAGCAUUGAUUAUAAGGGCAAUGAAUUCAUGGCUUUAGUUUUUGAGUACAUGCCCAAUGGAAGUCUAAGCAAGUGGCUGCACAGAGAUGGGCAUGAUCAGUUGGGGAGGAAUUUAAACUUUAUUCAAAGGCUAAAUAUAGCUAUUGAUGUGGCUAAUGCACUGGAUUAUCUACAUCACCAUUGCCAAACACCGAUCAUUCAUCGUGAUUUAAAGCCGGAUAACAUUCUCCUCGAUGAUGACAUGAUUGCUCAUGUGGGUGACUUCGGGUUAGCGAGGUUCCUAUCUGACGUUCGUCAAACCAGCUCAGUUGGCAUGAAGGGAUCUACUGGAUACAUCGCCCUAGGUAACUGUUUCAUCUAUUUUCUUUUAUUUUAUUUUCUUAAGUAUCUCCUGUGAAGUUGUAAAUUUUUUUUCAAGUAGUUUUCUAGCACACACAAACCUUAUGCCAGACUUGGGUGCCACAUGAUAUCUAACGAUGUCGUAAAUUGAUGUUGUGGCCCCUACCAUGAAGAUAACCAUUUGCAAAUGUGAGGUUGUUCCACUCAUAGUG